AGCCAGAGCCAGCUGCUCGACUCCCUAACUAAAAAGCAGAAGAAGCAUCUAAGGGAUUUCGGCGAGGAGCAUCCCUUCUAUGACAGAAUUGCUUGGGGGCUUCCCUGGUUGCGCAGUGGUUAAGAAUCCGCCUGCCAACGGAGGGGACAGGGGUUCGAGCCCUGGUCCGGGAAGAUCCCACAUGCCGCGGUGCAAGUAAGCCCGUGCGCCACAACUAUUGAGCCUGCACUCCAGAGCCCGCGAGCCACAACUACUGAGCCAGGGUGGUGCAACUACUGAUGCCCGCGAGCCUAGAGCCCCUGCUCCGCAACAAGAGAAGCCACCUCUCGCCGCAACUAGAGAAAGCCCGGGCGCAGCAACGAAGACCCAUAGCAGGGUUUCCAGAAAGGAAGCAAAACCACAGACUUGUCAACUGGCCUGGGCUGUGGAGACCGGGGAAGUACCAGGAAGGGGUGGACGACCCCGACCCAGCUAAAUGGAAGGCCCAGCUCCGCUGUGCGCUCAACAAGAGCAGGGAAUUCAACCUGAUGUACGACGGCACCAAGGAGGUGCCCAUGAACCCAGUGAAGAUAUAUCAAGUGUGUGACAUCCCCCAGCCCCAGGGCUCUAUCAUUAACCCAGGAUCCACUGGAUCUGCUCCUUGGGAUGAGAAAGAUAAUGAUGUGGAUGAAGAAGAUGAGGAAGAUGAGCUGGACCAGUCACAGCACCACGUUCCCAUCCAGGACGCCUUCCCCUUCCUGAACAUCAAUGCUAAUAUUGUGUGUCCUUACGUUAUGGGCCACCUUGGAUCCUUUAUGGAAACAUGUGAACAUAUAUUAAAAAUAAAAAAGUAAAAUGU